AUGUUCAUGCCAAUAUUAUCCGGUAUUCGAAUUAGCUAUGUAGUAUUCAUAUUCAUGUUCUUUCAAUGCAGUUCAGCUUUAUGGUAUAAUCAACCGAAAUUUAGUCCGUGUGCAACUUGGAAUCCAAAUGCCACUACAUUUGCAAAUUCUACUACACUUGGUCCAUAUACGCAUGGAAUUUUUAUUGAUACAAAUAAUACUAUCUAUGCAGGCAGUUGGGGUAUUAGUACUAUUAAAGUAUGGCGUUACAAUAGUUCAAUUCCUAUAAGAACUAUUACUGCUGGUCUGUAUGGGCCCUAUAGUGUAUUUGUUGCAAUGAACGGUGACAUUUACAUCGACAAUGGUCUUCAAAAUGGUCGAGUCGAUAAGUGGACACCAAAUGCAAUUAACAGUGUAGAAGUAAUGAAUAUUAGUAAAGCAUGUUUUAAUCUAUUUAUUGAUACGAACAAUACAUUAUACUGUUCUAUGGCUGACUUAAAUAUAGUAGUAACACUUAAUUUGAAUACGAAUUCAAAGAUACCAGUGACGCUCAUUGGUAGUAAUGGUACAGCGGGAUCAACAUCAACAUUGCUUAAUUAUCCAUGGGGAAUCUAUGUCAAAACGGAUUUCACUUUGUAUGUAGCAGAUAGUAAUAAUAAUCGAAUACAAAGUUUCAAGUUCGGUGAAUUAAAUGGAACCACCGUAGCUGGAAGUACAGCACCAGGAACUAUUACACUUCAAGGACCAGGUGGUAUUGUACUUGAUAGUGAUGGAUAUAUGUUUAUCAUGGAUACUGCCAAUUCACGUAUCAUUGCAUCAAGUUCAAAUGGAUUUCGAUGUGUGGCUGGUUGUUCAGGUUUAAGUGGAUCAACACCAGACAAAUUAUACAAUCCUCGUUAUAUGGCAUUUGAUACCUAUGGUAAUAUGUUUGUAAGCGAUGAUGAUAACUAUCGAAUACAAAUAUUUACUCUUACAUCCAACACUUGUAAUAAAACAACCGUUGGAAGUUCUUCUACUUCAUUGAGCACUACAACACAAGGAAAAACAACCGUUGGAUCUUCUUCUACUUCAAUGAGCACUUCAACACAAGGAAAAACAAUGGCUAGUACUGUAUCAAAUCGAAUGAAUAGCAGUGUCUCUUAUCAAACGACUAGUACUGUAACACAUUCAAUAAUGCGUAAUAUGGCGAAUAGAAUGAGCAUCAAUAUACAUAAUCCAAUAUAUUAUAGUCUUUUUCUUAUUUCUCUUCUAUUCUUUGCCUUUUAA